UUCUUGCAAAAGCCAAUGCAUUUGUCGUCUCCAAGUAGAAGUACUUCACGUUGUAUACCUCUUCGACCACAUGCUGUCAAAACCGUAUUCAUUAAAAAUAACAUUAAUAAUACGUACGUAUCCGAAUACGUAUAUACGUGUCUACACCUUCUUCUUAAAACUCCAAAACACUUCUGUUUCUGUCCCUGUCUCUCAAUGGCUCAUCUUCUCGCCCUCUGCUCCCUCCUCUCUCUCCUCUUCCCGGCGUGCUUCUCCGCCGCGGUGACGGGCGAGGCAAAUGCACGCGCCGCCGCGAACGAGUACCUGAAGCUGCCGUUGCUACGCAAAUCGCCGUUUCCUUCUCCGACGCAAGCUCUCGCCUUGGACACUCACCGUCUCGCUCUUCUCUCCCUUCGCCGGAAAACUCUUAAACCCAUACCAGCGGUCAAAUCUCCGGUGGUCUCCGGCGCAGCUACCGGAUCUGGUCAGUACUUCGUCGAUCUCCGGCUGGGUCAACCGCCGCAGUCGCUCCUCCUCGUCGCCGACACCGGAAGCGACCUUGUCUGGGUCAAAUGCUCCGCCUGUCGGAACUGUUCCCUCCACGCGCCGGGCACCGUGUUCCUCACGCGCCACUCGUCCACAUUCUCUCCCACUCACUGCUACGACCCGGUUUGCAGGCUCGUCCCUAAACCGGGUCGGGCCCCGGUUUGUAACCAUACCCGGAUCCACUCCACGUGUCCGUACGAGUACUCGUACGCGGACGGGUCGCUCACCUCCGGUUUAUUCGCCAGAGAAACGACGUCGUUGAAGACGAACUCCGGUAAAAAGGCGAAGCUCAAGAGCGUGGCUUUCGGGUGCGGGUUUCGGAUCUCGGGUCCAAGCGUUUCAGGUACGAGCUUCAAUGGGGCCCACGGAGUAAUGGGCCUGGGCCGUGGGCCCAUUUCGUUCGCAUCCCAGCUCGGUCGUCGUUUCGGGAACAAAUUCUCCUACUGCCUUAUGGACUACACUCUCUCUCCACCUCCGGCGAGUUACCUCAUCAUCGGCGACCAAAACGCCGUCGUUUCGAAGAUCCCGAGGCUCUUCUUCACUCCAUUGUUGGCCAACCCGUUUUCUCCGACGUUCUAUUACCUCCAGAUCAAGUCCGUUUCCGUCAACGGCGCGAAAUUACGGAUCCACCCCUCCGUCUGGGACAUCGACGACUCCGGCAACGGAGGCACCGUCAUCGACUCCGGCACCACUCUCUCCUUCCUCGUCGCGGCACUGAGACGGCGGAUCCAGCUUCCGAUCGCCGCGAAGCCGACGCCGGGGUUCGAUCUCUGCUUCAACGUCUCCGGUGUCUCGAAACCGGAGAUGGAUCUUCCGAGGCUGAAGUUUGAGCUCGCAGGAGACGCGGUGUUCGUCCCGCCGCCGAGGAAUUACUUCAUCGAGACGGAGGAGGAGAUCCAGUGUCUGGCGAUCCAACCCGUGAAUUCUCGGGUCGGGUUCUCGGUGAUUGGGAAUCUUAUGCAGCAAGGGUUCUUGUUCGAGUUCGACAGGGACAGAUCACGGCUUGGUUUUUCUCGACGCGGUUGCGCUUUGCCGUGAUGUUCGCCGGAAUAUUCCGUUUCCGGCUCACUGGUCUGGAGGAGUGCAACUCGUUGGUUCAAAGAUUCUUUUUCUUUUGUCUUUUUUUUUUUGGUCGCCUAAAGGACAAGAUUGAGUGGCAGUUCACUGUUUUAGAAAAAUACUAAAUAAAAAAUCUUUUUUGAGUGUGUAUUUUGAUUUUGAUUAUUAUCUUUGAAUAUUACAGAAUAUAAUUAACCAGUA